AUGUGGGUCGUGUGGGUUAAGAACCGGGUCACCCACAGUGCUUUGCCCGCCUCCAUCACCCCUGGCCAGAAGCCGCAUGUGGGCAUGGCUCGGAUUUGGGGUUGUAUGGGUAGUGUCAUGUUUCAUGGGCAUGAGAAGGGUGUCAAGCUUGAUGCAUGUGCCGUCAUGUGUGUGUGUGUUGAGGUGGACAUGGAGAGCAAGGGUUGGCGCAUGCUAGACCCUUCUCUCAUGCACGUUCGCAUUGCUCGGGAUGUUGACUUUUCCGAGAAUGCGAUGUGGAAGGAUUGGGACAAGGCCAACGGCUUUGGGGAGCUUCUGCAGGAUGCAGCUGAGUUUUCCCAACUCCUCCCUCUUCCACUCUCGCUACCCUCAGCAGCGGUUGAUAACGCUGAUAUGCCACUUUCAUCACCACCACUGGCACCACUGAGUGUGUCGGUGCGGCUGCAGCCCGCCCCUCUGCAGCAGCUCAGCGGCCCCUCGGUCAUUCAGCGAAGAUCCGCUACCCAGGCUUCUUCCUCUUCCUCCUCCUCUGGCUACGAGUGCACCCACGUCACCCGCGACUACCUCCCACCGCCGGUUAUGGGUUUGCAGGUGCUUGGUAUCCAGUCUGGCACAGGUGGUGAGGAGGUAGGGGGGGAUGCUGGUGUGGUGGAUGGAAUGAUGUGCUUGGCCAAGGAGGUGGAGUGCGUUGCGCUAGCAGGUUUGAGCACCUGUGAUGUCCCACGCACACUCGCUGAGGCACUACAUGGCCCUGAGGGCCUUCCAUGGAAGGCAGGCGCGGAGAAGGAGGUGAAUGCCAUGCGCAUUAUGGUCCUGCGUGGCACCAAGGCACAUUCACAUGCGUGA